GCGAAAACGAGUUUGUAAGCGCCAGCAAGCCCUUAUAUAUGAUCAGGAGGGAGGCUAGACUGCGCCUUUCUAUUGGAUGCAAACAUGAACCAAUCAGAAAAGAAUAUGGAGCCCUCCUAAUUUGCAUAUGCCUUACCCCGAGAUGACGUAUGUGAAACUGUAUUCAAUCAAAGGGAGUGAUGCCUGAUCCUUCAUUUGAAUACAAGGCUUACAAAUAUACUUGGUACAGGGCCGCCCGCGUUUCUGUACCGCCAACUAGACAUUAUGCCUGAUCCAUCCAAAUCGGCUCCAGCCCCCAAAAAAGGCUCCAAAAAGGCGGUCACCAAGGCGCAGAAAAAGGAUGGCAAGAAACGCAAACGGGGCCGCAAGGAGAGCUACUCCAUCUACGUGUACAAGGUGCUGAAACAGGUGCAUCCGGACACCGGUAUCUCGUCCAAGGCCAUGGGCAUCAUGAACUCGUUCGUCAACGACAUCUUCGAGCGCAUCGCCAGCGAGGCCUCACGCCUGGCGCAUUACAACAAGCGCUCGACCAUCACGUCCCGCGAGGUGCAGACGGCCGUGCGCUUGCUACUGCCCGGGGAGCUGGCCAAGCAUGCGGUGUCCGAGGGCACUAAGGCAGUCACCAAGUACACCAGCUCCAAGUGAAGCGCGGCGAGAGUGCCCUCAAUUCAAAGGCUCUUUUCAGAGCCACCUAUACAGUCGUUAAAAGGGUCUUUAACACAGUGUGGGUCACUGGUGAUUGCCACGAGCCUGAGGCGUUCCCUGACACUGGGUGCUGCCAAGUCAGAUUUUUAAGUGAGGAAUGUGGGGAUAUGGCUGCUUUUUGCUCUUCCUAAGCAUAGUGUGAACGAGCAGGCAAGGGUCCCUGAGUCCCCUCCCCAACCCUGGAGCUUCGGUGGGCGAGGUCACAGUGCAGUGGUAUUCUGGAUGUGCGCCCCCUUGGUAGCCUCUGAACUUGCGUUCCCGUUAGUAUCUUUUCCAUCUUUUUCUGGAAAAGAGAGGCGUCUUUAUCCUCUGAAAACGGCCAUUCUGGCAUAUGUCAAUAAAUCCUGCACUAGCAGUAUGCUGGAAACCGGGCGGGGGAGGGGGAAGGUGCGGCACACCUCCAUGCCUGUGUGCAGGAGCUAGGAUGUAGCCAGCUUGAGCUGCCAGCAGCAGGUUCAGUGAUUAGGGGAUGGGAGGUGGGAAAGAAUUCCGUUGUUUUGAGCAAGAGUUGCUCAAUAUUCCACACUCAGCAUUUAUUUGGAGAAUGUCAUUUUUAUCGGGAAUGUUUGGGCAGGAAAUCUUAACCUGUGGAAAGAACACCACUUUCCUUGGUUUGGUUUUUAUUUAUGAAAAGAGGAUUCAUGAUUAUUUGAGUUGUAUCACCAGCAGGGGAUACUAUGUAAACUUUAUUUUUUUACCAAGUUGUCAAAGGAGCCCCUCUCAUCUGGACUCAUGCUAAUGGGCAUUUGGGGGGAGGUUAUCUCUGCUGGAAUUUCCUACAGUAGCUGUGCCACCUUCUGCUUUCCAGCUUGGUCCACAUAAAAGGGUUUUUGAUAUCGUCAUGUUUUUAAAAUUAGCAUCUGAGGUAUUUUUAUCCUAAGUUCAAAUAACUGUAAAGAUGCAAAUGACAAAGCAGGAUUUGUUUUUUUUAAAAAAAAUUUUUUUAAAAAAUAAUUCUUUAAAAUAUCUAUUGCUUUAUCAAUUUAACACCAGAGUCAGGUCAAAAUAAUUCUUAAAAAGAUAUUUUAGAUUAUUCUCUCUGAGAAUGUCUCUCUUAUUUUCCUCCUGCCAACAGCAGUUAUAUGUAUAUUACAUUUAACUAUUUGCUGCUUCCAGAAAUGUCUAUUGAAAUUUAAACAUGCCAACCAGGUUAUCUCAGUAUUUUUUAAAAAGGACACAGGGACAGUGGAGAAUCAUUUAAGACAGGAAGCAUUUAGUUUUGGUAAUUAGUGAAACUAGUCUCUCCCUGGGGUUUGAUGAGAGGAGGGGUUGGCUGGAGACUUGAACCUUCGACCUCUUGCAUUAGCUAAGGUUCUCCACUGAACACAGCUCAGCCCUCUUCUGUCCAGCUGCCAGGAUUAUUAUUUCAAAUUCGUUCCUAGGCACAAGCAGUCAGUAUGUGGCAUGUAAAUUACUUUCCUUUGACAUCUUUUCAAAAGAUGGAAAUAAGCACAUAGUAAAGGAAGCCUUGUCAUGACUGCCUUCUCCAAUACAUCUGCUCCUUAGUUAUGAUGGAAACAUGAGCCACGAGGCACCAUCAGAAGCAUCAGAGCUGAGGCUUGUCAACGAACGCGCGCACACACACACACACACACACACACACAGAGAGAGAGAGAGAGAGAGAGAGAGAGAGGGAGAGAGAGAGAGAGAGGGAGGGAGAGAGUCAGAGUCAAGUAGUUGUGCUUUGCUAGUUUCGACUGCACUUAUGUAGAGCAGACUGGUGUGGAGUUCAGAGAUCUCCCUUCUCUGCCUCUUAAGUGCUGUUAUUAAAGGCACGCACCACCACUCUGUCAGUAUUUUUUAAUGGUCUCAAAAAUAGAGGAUUUGAGAGUCAGACAUGGUGGCAUAGUUCUGUAAUGGCAGCAGUUGAGAGGAACAGAGGCGGGUGGAUCUUUGUGUACUCAAGGCCAGUGUGGUCUACAUAUCAGGUUCCAGGCUAUCCAGAGCUUCACAGUGAGACCCUGUCACUAAAUAAAACUCAAACAGGAU